UGUGAACCGGUUCACAGGAGGGUUCACAUGAACGAGCGUGAGCUGUUUGCCCAUCCCUAGUUUUCUGUAGUCUGUUUUGUUGAUGUGCUUUUCUAAUUCUAUAAAAAAUAAAAAUCUUUCGAAAAGCACCUGUAAAUUUCAAUGGGGAGUCAUAGGGUACGAAUGUGUCGGCUGUGCUUAUCAACCACAGUAGUACUUCGCUCAAUUUUCACAAUUUUUCGAAACCAUAAUUUAGUAUUUAUUAUUCAAGAUUACAUCAAAUUAGAGAUCAAAGAAGAUGAUAGAUUGCCAAAACUUAUAUGCAAAUCGUGCGCUGUUAAACUCAUUAGAAUUAGAGAGAAUGUAUCACUAUUUAAAGAAAGCGAUCGAAAACUACGUGACAAACUUCGCGAUGAUGUUGGAUUACCAGAUGUAAACGACUUGCGACAGGACAAGAAGCGACGGUAUACUCGCCGUGAAAAAAUAUUUUACAGUGGUUCGGACGAUGACGUGGAUAAUCAAGCAAAUGUUCCAGUCAAAUUUGAAAAGAGAGAUCUCGAAUCACAUGAACCUACCAACGAGCAAUUGUUUGAAUUCAACGAAGUUAAAGAGGAGAUUUUAAGCAGCGACGUUGAUGAAGAUAUUCCCCUAACAAGGCUUAGAAACUCUUUGAAAGCUGAAAACGCGACUAAAAAAGAUUACAAUUUAGCAAAACAGACAUCUGAGAAUUGCAAAACAGAAAGUGAUAAGACAACCAUCAUUUCUUAUAUAGACAUAGAAGCAAAGAGCGAUGAUAUAGCUUGUAAUGAAUUAUAUGAUUUGAUAGCAGAAAAUGUGCAAAAAUCAGAUAAAUAUUCUGGUGAUGAAGUUAAAAUAACGAAAAAUCGCCGACGGAUAAAACAACAGGUAAUAUGCGAAAAAAGAUUUACAAGGUGGCCUAGAAGACAAACGAGUCUGCUUAGAGAUCAUGCUGAAACGGGAAAUCACAGAGAUAAUACGCUUGAUCUUGUUACGGACGAACCAAAACAGGCAGACAGUACUGAUUCGCCGGAUGACACAAUCUAUAAAAAGAAAAGAGGUAGACCAAGACUAGUUGAAAAACAGCAAAAGAAGCAAACAGUUCGUACAUUGAACAGUUUGCAGAAAAAACAAGAACCAUUUCCAUCCUUGCAUGAUUAUAAAUGUUAUAUUUGUAACAGUGAUUCGUUGGGUUCAAGAAAAGCGAUGAUCGAACAUUUCUCUGUUCACAUUGAUAAACUUCCAUAUACUUGUAAAGAGUGCGUUAUGGAAACGGUCAUUUUAACUCGUGUCCGUACGUUGAACAGUCAUAUGAAAAUGCAUGCUCAACCAGUAAAAUGUGAUUACUGUGAUCGCCGCUACAGUAAUGCUGCAGGAAAAUACUAUCACACACAGACAUUUCAUUUAGGAGGUGGUGCUCCUUGCUUGGUUAAUUGUGAAGUUUGUGGUAAAACUUGUGGUUCACAAUCUUCCUUGAAACAGCACAUGAAAUACCAUACCACAAAACUGAAAUGUAACAAAUGUGACAUGGUAUUCAAUCAUCCUAACAAACGAAGAAAUCACGAAAGACUACACGAUGAAAAUCGAGGAUACGAAUGUGUAGUAUGCAAGAAGGUUUUACAAACAAUUGAAUCUUAUGAUGUUCAUCUAAAAAAACAUAGCCAAGAACGCAGCUAUCAAUGCCAUCUGUGCCCAAAAAAAUUCAACACUUCAUGUAAUUUAAUUUUACAUUUAAAGGUGCAUGCUAAGAACGAUAAUUACAAACCAGCCAAGUCAUGGGUCGAACAUUAUACUGUGCUGAGUCGUAAUCCAAUGCAUUUUAAGUGUAACCACUGUGAUCGCUAUAAUACAGAUAAGGUGAAUAACAUGAUAUCACACCUCCAGGCCCAUUUUAAAGAAUAUGAAUGCGAUCAAUGUCAGCAUAAGUUUGCUACAGCCAAGCAACUACGAGCACAUUAUACAACACACACUGGUGAAAAACCAGAGAAGUGCAAAUACUGUGAAAAAGUAUUUUCUACUAAAAACAAUUUACGAAUACAUCUGAAAGCAUCACAUCCGGAAUGGAUCCCAAGACGACAACAGCAAGGUCAAGAGUCGCGGUUGCAGACAAAUGUUCAUCACUCACAAACUUCGAUUGCACUUGAGCCAAAUGCUUAUGGAAAUCUCUCAACUAGCGGAGUGCUUUUUAGUUCACAACUUGCACAAAGUAAUGAAUAACAUUAAAUGCAUACGUUACAAAAAGGAAUUAAUGAAUUAAGCACCAAUACAAUAAAUGCUACCAUUAAAAAACGCUCAGAGACUGGAUGAAACAGCUGAAAGAAGCAGAGAUGCUCGAAAAACUGGAAAAAUAUGCUUGAAAUUUAAAAAAAAUCUAUCCGUGAUUCGAAAAAAUUUCCCUCACGUAGGCAAAAGUCUGCGAAAAUCUGCGCACAGCACAUUUUGAGAAAAUAUGCAAAUAUCAGCGAAUCAAUAAAAAUCUACACUCGGACUCUAAAAAUCUGGGGUGACAUAAGGCAUUUCGUUUCGAGUAACUCGAACCAAACUAAUGUCGUUUUCGUUUUUGCGGUGUAGCUACACCGCGGACUACACUUUGUCCUAUAGCUGUUUUUUUUUUCAUUUUCCGGACUAUCCCGGACAACCCUUUUUCUGUCCCGGACAGUCCGCGAAAGAAACUCUGUCGGGGUAGUGCUUUGGACCACACUGGCCCGCCGUAUCUCAGUAUAGACGAAGUCACGCUAGCUAGAAGUUUUCGCUUGCUGCUGUACACUGCUGAGCUAUUGGACAUCAUGCGAGAUAAUUAGCAAUAAUCAAUGCGAGCAAUAGCCAUUGAAGCCCUCUUACAGGCAUAUUCGACAUGGCUCCCGAAGGCGAGCUUGUCAUCGAUCAUCACCCCCAGCAGCUUCAGGGAGCGCUUAGAGACGAUGGUGCAAUUCUCGACACUGAUCAACGCUUGUUGCUUCGACUUACGGUUAUUAACAACUGAAACCUCCGUCUUAUGAUGCACCAGCUCCAGUUUUUUGGAGCGCAUCCAGUCCUCGACGACGCUUAUAGAGUGCGAAGCCGUCAACUCAACCUCCUCGAUCGACUCGCCGUAGAUCUCAAGUGUAGGGAUACCACCCGUCCUGAUUUAGCAGGACAUGUCCUGAUUCUGAGAUCAUAUUUGAGCGUCCUGAUUUCUUUUUCAUAUUCUAGAAUUUGUCCUGAUUUUCUUAAGAUAUUCAAUUUUGAUGUAUGGCAAUAAUAUGUACACGCAAAAGUGCUAACCUUAAUCAAGCGGAAAUCGAAAUCAGAAUCAUUGGUUUCGGGCUUUCGGGUGAACAAUAAGUUUUGGGGUGCUCAAAAACCGUGGUCAAUUUUCGUAAGCCGACGUCCCCAAAGGCAUGAUCUGCCAUUUGCGCUGUUUUUGGCCACAUAACCCAUAACUAACCGACAAUGAUGCCAGUAAAGUAGCACCGUAUGCGUAUGAAUGAAACCUGAAUCGUAUUUAAACCAAAAUGUGAACAAAUCAGAUAUCUUUUUAAUUGUUUAUGAUUUAUUCAUGUUUUUAAAUGGCCGGAUUCAUGAAAGUGCAUCGAUCACGUAAUAUUCAGUACCCUACUUAUUAGUAUUCAUUGAUGGCUGCACUGCUCCAACGUUACCAGCCUACUGAACACCAGUUG